AUGGUCCAGACGCGCUCCAAAGCCAAAGCAAGCCUCAGCCAUGAAGAGAGAACAGCAACUGAACCUCGCGACGAGGGCCUCUACCCGGUCACCAUUGAGACCGUUACGCCCGUCAAUGACCGAAUAAAAACGUUCAAGUUUGCUCUCCAGGAGCAAGACACAAUCAACUUCCAACCAGGCCAAUGGCUCGACGUCCACGUUCCCGGCAUUGAGCAGGCGGGAGGCUUUACGUUGACAUCUACUCCCAGCCAGGCUCAACCUAGACCGGACCCAGAGCACAAACCUUUCCUCGAGCUCGCUGUGAAGAAGAGCCCGGACAAUCCGCCUGCGGCGUGGUUGUGGCAGUCGCCCGAAGAGAUAAUAGGGAAGGAGGUCAGGGUCAGAGUCGGGGGCAGUUUCGUCUGGCCACCGCCCAAUAUAGACUACGCGACCAUCAAACGCGCCGUGUUCAUCGCAGGCGGUGUGGGAAUAAAGUAA